UUCACCUUAAUCUACUUUAGAUAAAUAACAGAUCCGUUUUUUUUAGUGGCAUUAAAAGCUUAUCUAGAAAUAUAGUUGAAAAUCAAUAAAGGAGAAAGCAAAUAUGUGUGGUAUUUUCGGUUAUAUCAACUUCUUGGUCGAUAAGAGUAGAGGAGAAAUAAUUGACACUCUUCUUGAUGGUCUUCAACGUUUAGAAUACAGAGGUUACGACUCUGCUGGUAUCGCUGUCGACGGCGACAAUAAGGGAGAAUCUAUCAUUGUCAAGUGUCCAGGUAAGGUUAAGGUCUUGAGGCAAAAGAUUGCCGAUUCGGAUUUUGACAAGAACCUUGUUUUCGAUAACCAUGUUGGUAUUGCCCACACUAGAUGGGCUACCCAUGGUCAACCAAUGGUUCAAAACUGUCACCCUCAUAGAUCAGAUCCAACUGGUGAAUUCGUUGUCGUCCACAACGGUAUUAUUACCAAUUACGCUGCCUUGAGAAAAUUGUUGUUGUCAAAGGGAUUCAAAUUUGAAUCCGAAACCGAUACCGAAUGUAUUGCCAAGUUAUUCAAGCAUAUCUACGAUUCCAACCUUAAGGAAGGAUUUGAGGUUGACUUUAACGAGUUAACCAAGCAAGUUUUAUAUGAAUUGGAAGGUUCUUAUGGUUUAUUAGUUAAAUCCGUUCACUAUCCAGGUGAAGCUUGUGGUACCAGAAAAGGUUCUCCAUUAUUAGUUGGGGUUAAGACUGAAAAGAAGUUAAAGGUUGAUUUUGUCGAUGUUGAAUUUCCAGAAUCUAAUGCUGAAUCUCCAUUACUUCAACAUGGUGCCAAUGGUCAAGACUUGGGAUUGUUACCAGUUGCUCCAGGUGAUUUGAGAACUUCUCAAUCUCGUGCUUUCUUAUCUGAAGACAACAUUCCUAUGCCAAUUGAAUUCUUUUUCUCAUCUGAUCCAGCCUCUGUUAUUCAACAUACCAAGAAGGUUUUGUUUUUGGAAGAUGAUGAUAUUGCCCAUAUUUAUGAUGGUGAAUUACAUAUCCACAGAGCUUCGUCUAAGAAUGCUGGUGAAUCUGGAGUCAGACCAAUUCAAACCUUGGAAAUGGAAUUAAAUGAAAUUAUGAAGGGUCCAUACAAGCAUUUUAUGCAAAAGGAAAUCUUUGAACAACCAGAUUCUGCUUUCAACACCAUGAGAGGUAGAAUUGAUUUUGAAAACUUCGUAGUCACUUUAGGUGGGUUAAAACAAUGGUUGACUACUAUCAGAAGAUGUAGAAGAAUCAUUAUGAUUGCUUGUGGUACCUCUUACCAUUCAUGUUUGGCCACAAGAUCCAUUUUUGAAGAAUUGACUGAAAUCCCAGUAUCUGUGGAAUUAGCAUCAGAUUUCUUGGAUAGAAAGUCACCCGUGUUUAGAGAUGAUACUUGUGUCUUUGUUUCUCAAUCUGGUGAAACCGCCGAUUCUAUUUUGGCUUUACAAUACUGUUUGGAACGAGGUGCUUUAACUGUUGGUAUUGUCAACUCUGUUGGUUCAUCUAUGUCCAGACAAACACACUGUGGUGUCCACAUUAAUGCUGGUCCGGAAAUCGGGGUUGCUUCUACCAAGGCUUACACUUCGCAAUACAUUGCCUUAGUUAUGUUUGCCCUCUCUUUAUCCAAUGAUUCCAUAUCCAGAACCCCAAGACACAAGGAAAUCAUUCAAGGUUUACAAAAAAUUCCUGAACAAAUCAAGGAAGUUUUGAAAUUGGAAGAAAAGAUCAAGGACUUGUGUAACAGUACUCUUAACGAACAAAAGUCCUUAUUAUUAUUAGGUAGAGGUUACCAAUUUGCAACUGCUUUGGAAGGUGCCUUAAAGAUUAAGGAAAUUUCUUACAUGCAUUCAGAAGGUGUUUUAGCUGGGGAAUUGAAGCACGGUGUCUUGGCUCUUGUUGACGAUAAGUUGCCAAUUAUUGCCUUUGCUACUAGAGAUUCUUUAUUCCCUAAGGUUAUGUCUGCCAUCGAACAAGUUAUUGCUAGAGACGGUAGACCAAUUGUUAUCUGUAACCAGGGAGAUGCUAUUGUCGCUAAUGACAAGGUUAACACUACUUUGGAAGUUCCACAAACUGUCGAUUGUUUACAAGGUUUAUUGAAUGUUAUUCCUUUACAAUUGAUUUCUUACUGGUUAGCUGUCAACAGAGGUAUUGAUGUUGAUUUCCCUCGAAACUUGGCCAAGUCUGUUACUGUCGAGUAAGCCAGUUUCUCGAACGGAAAUUGAUGAUUUCAUAAUUGGGGUAUUAUUACUAUUUAGGAAUUAUUUUGUAGUAAUGAUUUUUUUAAUACUUUUUAGGGCCAUGUCUGUUAUAUAGAUGUUUUUACAAAGAACAAGUUUAUUAGUAUAAAUAAUGCACACGUACAUUCAAAACUAAAACGAACUAGGCUAAAAGAAAAAUCGUUUACUUUCUUGUGAAAUAUUCGGAUGAACCCAAAUAUGCCACGCUCCAAUCAAAGGCUCGUUCACCCAAAUCCAAGUAUUUCUGACUGUAAUACUUUACAUCCUUAUUUUCAAUUGAUUCUAAAUUUGGAGUUAUUCCAGUAGAUCGUUUCACACCAGCAAGGAAACCAGAAAGAAGAAUAACAUCAAAACCUAUAUGCGCCACUUUACCCAACUACGACAGAUAUGGUUAGAUCGAAUCAAAUCAGGCAACAUAAAUCGGAUGAAAAAUACGUACCAUUUUAAUCAUUUGCUAACUAGUAAAAGGAACUCAAAUAAUAUAGUAUUGUGUCAAUUGUAAAUUGAAAGCGAGAAAUUGAAUAUCCAGGAUUGCAAGAGCAAAUAAGAC